AGAUACUAAUUUGGCUGUGGACUGGGGACAUAGAUGUUUACCUUCAGAAGACUGUGAGCGUUUUUUGGGUGUGCAGGUGGCCAUUCACAUUCGUUAACUGCAAGUGCUGACGUGCGGGCACGUGGCGGCAGGAUGACAGAAAUAUACACGUAGUUAACCAGAACCAUGCAGGGAGGGGCAGCGAUUGCGUGGAUGGCAGAGCCACCACAUGAAGAAGGGAUCCCGACAGGACGCCAUCAACCAUAUCCCAACAGCACCAACGCGAUGAUGGAGGUUCAGCCAGGUCAGCCAACUCAGCCAACUCCCCCACCACAUCAGCUAUAUCUGCGGGAUCGGCACCAUCAGGCCGACGGGCCAGAUCUGCCAGACAUAUCUGCAGCGAUUCCCGCGCAAAAUUUGAUUGCCGUUGAGUACCCAGGAUACGUGGUGAAUCUCGACAAAGUGUUGAAGACACUAGGGGGUGAGGAAGGGGUCGCAAAGGCAGCAAGUUCAAGGGCAAAUUUCUUGCAGCUCCGAUUCCGACCGGAUGAUCCCGACUCCCAUCCGUUAUUCGGCGACCAGUAUCACACAAACAAUCUCCUUCUGAAAAUCACGAGGCGCAGGAAGAAGAAGAAGCAGGCGCGAUCCAUCCCGACGCCCUCAUCGAUCCCAACAUCAUCGUCCAUCCAGACAUCGUCUUUGGGGAAGGAAGCACCAGCCGAGGCCCAGCCGCCGCCACGUGGGUCACACUUGCCUCGUGGCGGGUCGGCUUUUGUGUUGGCGUCAGCGUCCGUGCCAUCUUCCCUUGCAAAGCGCCUCGCCGAGGGGGGAAAGGCCUCGGAGACACGUGGCGGGGAGGCUGUGACGUGGAACACUGGAGUUUUGUCCGAUGGCGCCGGAGCGGCGGCAGCCCCCGCCGGUGCUGGUGCUGGCUGUGCAAGUGCUGUCCCAACCGACUCGCCCUAUGCCCGGCUGGGAUCGCAGCAGCUACCCGUGGGCCUGGGUCCCGAUCCCAAUCCUGGUGUAGAUGGAGGGCUCGGGUGGAAAAGAGAGGGGGUGGAAGAUCGCUCCAGGACGGAUGACCCUUCUGGCGAUUGUCAAAUGGCGGAAAGUAAUGAGGAUGACAGCAUUGCUGACAUGGAUGUUGAGGACGACGGCGGGAAAAUUACGAUAGAGGUGAUUGCCAAGCUGGAGGCUACGUACCGAUUUGAUGGUCUAGCAGACUUCCAAUAUGUGCCAGCCCUUCAUGCGCGGAGCGAUCAAAGGAGGAAGAGGGGGUCGAAGAGUGGAGAAGGGAAGGGUGAAGGGAAAGACGAUCUGCGAAGUCUUGACGAGGAUGAACAGAUGUCGUUGAUUCCUCCGUUGUUCACCAAGGCUGACAUGCCUCAGGAUUACAUACGCAAAGUCCGUGGGCUGGAUGUGGCUGCCAAGAACCAAAAGAAGAAAGUUUUGUCCGCACCCCCAGAGGCAGUCAAGGCAGCUGGCGUCAUAUGUGGUCUUGAUUUUCGAACAGGGGAUAUCCUUUUUUUCCCGAAGCUGCUGCUGAGGGUAUCUUACUAUUUCGGGAAUGGUCCUUGGCGCAUGCUAUGGAUUCGGGUCGGAUAUGAUCCACGUAAGGAGCCGCUAAGCCGCAUAUAUCAGCUCCUCGAUCUGAGGCUUCCGCCUGAUUGGGUGGAGGCUGGGAGGGAGGCUUCAGAGAGGAAUCAGAAGCGGGCUAGCAAUCCAACUGAAGCCUCGAAGGAGAAUCCCGAUCCCAAUCAGAUGCAGCAGCAAGGCGCUUCUUCCAACGUGUCAGAGCCCCCUGGCUCUGCAGUGGAUGCAUCAGAUCCUUCAGCGGCCACCUUUGCGGCUCCAAUUUACAGGUCGACAAGAGGCGACACAGAUGGUCUCUACCCAAGAUGGCACGAUGUGUGCGCAUUGCGUGCUCUACCCCAGUCGCGGUUUGUCUUCUUGCAGCUCUGCGAUGUUAGCGACAGUACCAUCCAGUCGGAAAUCAAACAAAAACCGCAGCGGAAGACAUGUGAUGAACAUACGGGAUGGUUUUCGCGAGAGACAUUGGACAAUUUCCGACGGAUUGUUAGGUCGCGGUUCCAGAAGCUUCUUCCGGAUGAUUUGUCUGAAAAGACAAAAACUCAUCGCGAAUGGGAGAGACAGCAAGGGUCCUUGAUGAAUCAGCUUGCGCCGGAGUACUACAAAAAGGGACUUCACAAGAAGGGGCUGAAAAGGGGGAAGGGGGCAGGAACAGGCGCAUCAAGGAGAGGAGGAGGAGGAGGAGGAGGAGGAGGAGGAGGAGGAGGUGGCUCCAGACCGACCGGUGCAAGUCAAUCGAAGACUGUCAUAGACUCUCUGGACUUGCAUGAACAGCACGCGCAGCAGAGUCAACAGGCGAUGAUGAUGCAUGCGGGGCAAGGGACGGGGGGAGGAGGAGAGGUAGGUGGGUUAGACGUGUGGGGAGCAACAGUUGCAGGAGGUGAUCCUCGUCUGACUUUGAUCCAUCAUGCUCUGAACCAAGGAGGUAAUCCAGGUCCAGGGGCAAUCGGAAUGGACCAUUCGCGAGCGUCAACGGUUGGCGUGGAGGAUCGCCAACGAGGAGGGGCAAACGAAGAAGUCGAAGAGCGGCAAGCAUGCGGAGUGACUGAUGGGAGGGAGGCGGAGGAAGAUACAAGACGAGAGCUUGAGGGGGAGGGAGAGGGAGAGGGAGAGGGAGAGGACGAGUGCUUGGGGGUAGGUGAGGGAGUUGGAGCAGAGCGCGAAGAGCUGGAGCAAAUGCGGAAAGAAAUGGAGAUGGCAGCAGCAGAAGAAGAGGACGAAAUUGACGAUGACGAGGAUGAGGACGAUGAAGACGAAGAUGAAGAAGAUGAGGAGGAGGAGGACAACGAGGAACCUGAAGAGGCUGCUGAUCCCUUGUCUACCAAUCUUGGAGAAAAUGCACUAACAGGAGGACGUAUCCUUUUCAAGCUCCGGAUUUGUGGGCCUCCUUAAACAGGCUACCCAAAACUCGACAAAACUCUGGCCUUUGAUAAGCCAUGCAGGCACGCAGACGCAGACGCAGACGCAGAUGCAUACACAGGCACUCACACAUGCUUAUUUCAGAAGUGAGCGGAUGAGGAGUUCUGGCUAUUGGACGUUGUGGUUUUCCACGAUCAAGUUUCGACGAGUGUGGUCUUUUCGUGUGGCAAUUUCAUGAAUUCACGUCCGUGGUGAUUAGAAUGUAUAUAUGGCCUCCUGAUGAGUCAGUGGAACUCCGACGAAACAGUUUGUCACAGCCCCUCGUUUGUUGUCCUCUUCUCCCUCUCUGCCUACGGUUUACCGGGCAGUUCUAUUUGACGAUAUAUAUAUAUCGGUGAAACUCCGACGAAACAGUUUGUCACAGCCCCUCGUUUAUUGUCCUCUUCUGUCUCUCUGCCUACGGUUUACCGGGCAGUUCUGUUUGUGACGAUAUAUAUACUAAUAGCCCAUUUAUGACAUUUGUGCGAUUUGUUUGUGGCUCUUUGAUGGCUAUGAGGCUAGUAUGAGCACAUAGCAAAUUGGCAGCGGGUACAUCAGUGUGCAUUUGCGAGCGGAUCAUUUGGUUUGGAGAGAUUGUAUUGCUUUCUAAAGUUGGUCAGUUGGAUCGUCCUUUCAUAUUGAGAAUUUGAGGUCGAUCGUUGGUUGGGGCGAUAUUCCAUUGGUUGAGUGUGCUGAGGUGCUCUUUUGUUCGAAUUUCUCGUCUGCACUUUCUUCUGGGUAAUUCAUGUGAUUGUGCGGUCUGUAGACUCUGUACCCAUACGAAGGCCAGAGGAUGGCAUUUCUUGGGAACCAAUUAGCAGCCACCUCCGUGUUCGUGCCUCCAACGAG